ACUCGUUACUUUUGUGACUGUUGGCAGAAGAAACAGAUUUUUGUUCAUCGUCUAGUAAAAAGUUUAUUGUAUUCGUAUGCAAUUACGAUAAGUGUAAUUUAAAAUAGAAGUGUAUGUUAAAUUUCAAUAGCCUUCAGAUAGUGUUUGACAUAUAAACCCAAAAAAAUGUCCUUUGCGGAGAAAAUCACAGGAUUGCUGGCGCGGCCGAAUCAAGCAGAACAAAUGGGCGGCAUAGAUGCGCCGUGGUACAUGAAGUAUGGUGGAAGAUUAUUGGGUAUUGUUGGCGCUUUCUUCUGCAUACUAUUUGGAUUAUGGAAUGUCGUCGGCAUUCUACUGCUCAACGUUUCCUGCCUCAUCUCGGGCAUCAUACAAAUGGUGGUCGGAUUUGUAGUGAUGGCACUGGAAGCGCCUUGUUGCUUUUUCUGUAUAGAAUAUGUAAACGAUAUUUCAAAUAAAGUAGAUGCACGUCCGUUAUGGAAUCGUGCCGCCUUCUAUUGCGCAAUUGCUAUACCUCCCAUCAUUUUGUGUCCAGGACUGGGUAGUAUUUUUGCAUGUGGUCUUGUAUUCGGAACUGGCGUGAUAUAUGGCCUCAUGGGAUUGGGCAAGAAGGCUUCCGCCGAUGAAAUGCGUCAAGCAGCUGUGAAUUCCGGCUUCGCGGGCACACCCACGGGCGCCGCAACGAACGAUCGCGCCAGCAUUGUGAAUAAUGCACAACCGUUCUCCUUCACAGGCGCCGUGGGCACAGACAGCAAUGUGUGAUAGCGUAGAAAUGACUGCAAAAUCAAGCAAACCAUUGGAAGCGUUGCACAGAGAAGAAGUUGACAAAUGCCAUUCAAAAAGAAAAACAGAACAACAGACAAAACCAGGCUGUCCUGCCGAUCAGCUGCCGUUCACUGCAUACUAUAUAUGUAUGUGCAUACGUGUGUACUAUUUAUAUAGUGCAAGUGCCUCUGAUAAGUUUAAUGACCCCAAAAUGUAAACGGUUGAAGUGCGAACUUGCAGUUGUAGUGCAAUUCGUAGUGACAUCCCUGGCGCAGAAAUAAUAUAUGCAACACGAGCGAAAGAUCUCUGUCAACUUCGUUAGACAACGCCUUCACUGGUUUUAAUAUUUAUUAACUUAUAGCUUGCUAAAAUGUUUCAUCAUAUACAUAUUAACUUUUCGGAUGGUUAAAGUAAUGAGAAUGGUUAAACUGGAUUCGUUGCUACUUUCCUAAAUAUAAAUGCAUACUUAAUUUCUAUUUGUAUAUAUCAUUUUUUGUUUAAAGUUAAUAAUCUGUUAAUUUGUCCAAUAAUCACACAAUCUCUUAUCCUAUUGUUCUCGUUACGACAUUUUUGCAUUCCAUUUGUGCAAGUGAAAUUUUCCUUAAGUUAAAUAGAUAUGAAGUUGGAAAAAAAUUUAAAAUUGUGACUAAACUUCUUAAAAUGUCUUUUAAAUUACAAUAUUAAUUAACAAAAGUGUUUUAUGAGCCGCCAUUUGGUUUUGAAAAUACUGGUACAUACAAUAGCGUGUAAAUUGACUUAAGUUACUAAAACAUUUAUGAAUAUUUCAUGUGUCUUCGUAGUAAAUUUUAUCAUCGUACUUUUCACGUUUCAUGCUAUCUUAAUAUUAUCAUAUUUUACGCGCAACAAUCUAGACAAAUAUUUUAGAAACUUGUGCGUUUGGUUCAGAAACAACUAUACAAAUAAGUAAAUGUUGAGCAAACUAAAUAAAUUGCAACCAUAGGCAAACUAAAAACAAAAACAAAAAAAGUCAGCGCAUCUAUGAAUUGUAUUACUUUAAUAUUAGUCAUAUAUAGUUAAAUAAAUGUAAUAUUUUAUUAAACAAGCAAAAAAAAAGUAAAAACAAAAAUAAAAUAAAAGUAAAAAACGGAAAUAAAACAAAUAUCCGUAUACAUACAUAUAAUAAUCAUUAUUAAAUAUACAUAUAUAAAUAUGAAUAGAGACAUAUUAAAGGUAUAAAUACUAUAAAACUAAAAUAUCUAAAACAAACCUGAAAUUAAAAAUUAAUAAAUUUGAAAUUAUAAAACGAA